GUGACGAUGAAGAGCUGUCCAGGGACAGAGACGUGUAUGUGACUACCCACACUCCCAGAAACACCAGGGACGAGGGCGCUGCAGGCCUCAGGCCCUCUGGUACUGUCAGUUGUCCUAUCUGCAUGGAUGGAUACUCAGAGAUUGUGCAGAAUGGACGUCUCAUCGUUUCCACAGAAUGUGGCCAUGUCUUCUGUAGCCAGUGCCUCCGUGAUUCCCUGAGGAAUGCUAAUACUUGCCCAACUUGUAGGAAAAAGAUCAACCACAAACGGUACCACCCCAUUUAUAUAUGAAGUAUUCAGAGCUGCUCAGAGAGACGGAUGGACAGACAGACAG